GGAGGAGAAGAAGAAGAAGAAGAAGAAGAAGACGAAGACGACGAAGACGAAGACGACGACGACGACGACGAAGAAGAGGUAGUAGAAGAAAAAUAACAACGAAGCAAAGCGAUCCUGUACGUGAGGUUUUCAUCACAUUUUUAUUUAGUUUUAACAAAUUGAGCAUAAUUCAAAAAGUGUCCCGAAAACCCCCUUCCAGAAAUGAAGAACCGAGGUAAUGGCUACCUGGAUGUUCGACUCAAACAGCGAUUGGAAGAAUAUUUGGCUUCCAGCAGUAAUUAUGUGGAUCUGUGCUCUAUUGCAUUAGACCUUCAAAAACAAUACAGAAUGGAGUAUGGUAGAAGAAACAAGACUGCGUUCAGAAUUCAAGUUGAGAAAGUAUACCAAGCAAUAAAAACGGAGUCUGAAAUCAAUGAUCUGGAGACUGCCCACUUGACCAAGCGAGCCAAGCAUAGCCACAAUGAAUCGAGUGACGACAGCGGCAGCAGUUCUGAAGACGUACUGGAGAACACUAACACCAGUCACAUGAACAGCUCCCUUACGUCUCUAUACCGGAAAGGAACAACUGAUCCGAGCCCCUUCUCGACAUGUACUACCCCUACUGUUGGAGAUUUGCCCGAUGCAAGUAAAGUAUCCACGGGAGGGUGGUUCAUUGAUCGAGGCAAAGGUUCUGCAAAAACCAACAUCUUAAUCGACCUAAGUGAAGAUCAGCCUACUGAUGCAGUAAGUAAAGAAGUUUCCAUGUUGGAGCCUUGUAAGAAAACAGGAAAAAGAAAAAAGACGGAUGAAAAUGCAGAGACCCUGUCUACGAGCAAGAAAGGAUCUGCCUUGGCAAGAUCAACAAAGCUGCAGUAUCCCAUUCUGAAGUUUGAAGAUGUGGGUGGUAAUGAAGCGACAUUGACGGAAAUAUGUAAACUGCUCAUUCACAUGCGGCACCCAGAGAUAUACCAGCAGCUGGGAAUGGUUCCUCCCAGGGGCUUUCUCCUCCAUGGACCUCCUGGCUGUGGAAAGACCCUGCUAGCACAAGCUGUGGCAGGGGAGCUGGACCUCCCCUUGCUGAAGGUGUCGGCUCCAGAAUUAGUGUCUGGAGUAUCUGGAGAGUCUGAACAGAAGCUCAGGGAGCUCUUUGACCUUGCUGUGAGUUCAGCUCCAUGUAUCCUGUUUAUUGAUGAGAUAGAUGCUAUAACACCAAAGCGAGAAAUAGCCUCCAAAGACAUGGAAAGGAGGAUUGUCGCCCAGAUCCUCACCUGCAUGGAUGACUUGAACAGUCAGGCAUCUGGAACGCAACUCCUGGUCAUUGGUGCAACUAAUAGGCCAGACUCCCUUGACCCUGCCCUGCGGAGAGCUGGACGCUUUGACAGAGAGAUAUGUCUUGGUAUCCCAGAUGAACAGUCUCGUCUAAGGAUUUUAAAGACUUUGUGUCGUAAGCUGAAGAUGCCAGAAGAUUUUGACUAUGGCAAACUGGCUCGCCUCACCCCAGGAUACGUGGGUGCGGAUCUCAUGGCACUUUGCCGCGAAGCUGCCAUGAAUGCUGUCAACAGGGUUCUGUUGGUGGGAAAAGUACCAGAGAAGAGCAAAAUCAGCAUCCUCAGCAGUGACUUGCCACUUGGGACUGAAGCAUCAUCACCAAGGAAUAGAACCUCAGAGAUAGUGGAUGUUAAUCAGUUAUCUCAGGAUAACUUGGGACAUGAGCAUCUGCCGGGUGAUCUAUGGCACCUGCUGCAAUUGCUGAAGAACACUAAUACUCUACCAGAGCAUGAGCUGACCAGCCUCUAUCUCAUCAUGUCAGACUUUGAGACAUCUCUUUCCAACGUGCAGCCUUCAGCCAAGAGGGAGGGCUUUGCCACUGUGCCUGAUGUCACAUGGGAUGAUGUGGGAGCACUUCAUGAAAUAAGAGAAGAACUUACAAUGGCCAUUUUGGCUCCAGUACGUUCUCCUGAGCAGUUCAGGGCUCUUGGAUUGAGUGCUCCAUCAGGAGUGCUGCUGGCCGGUCCUCCAGGCUGUGGAAAAACCCUUCUUGCAAAGGCGGUGGCCAAUGAGUCGGGUCUCAACUUCAUAUCUGUCAAAGGUCCAGAGCUUCUCAACAUGUAUGUUGGUGAAAGUGAGCGGGCUGUUAGACAAGUCUUUCAAAGGGGCCGCAAUUCUUCUCCUUGUGUCAUCUUCUUUGAUGAGAUUGAUGCUUUAUGUCCUCGACGUUCAGGCCAUGAGUCAGGAGCCAGCACACGUGUGGUGAACCAGUUGCUAACAGAAAUGGAUGGCUUAGAAACUCGCCGACAAGUCUUUAUCAUGGCUGCAACCAACAGACCAGAUAUCAUUGAUCCUGCUAUACUGAGACCAGGUCGUCUAGAUAAAACAUUGUAUGUUGGUAUGCCACCUCCAGCUGACCGCCUUGCAAUUCUGCUGACCAUUACAAAGAAUGGAACCAAACCUCAGCUGGAGCAAGAUGUUAGUCUGGAAGAGAUUGCAUAUGAUGAACGCUGUGACUGCUUCACUGGUGCUGACCUGACUGCGUUGGUGAGGGAAGCAUCAGUAAAUGCUCUGAAGGCCCACCUGAAGUCCAGCUCUUUCCAACCUUCUUCCUCAGGUCACACAUUCUCCCAUGGACCUGUCGCUGAUAUCAGAGUGAGCAAAAAGAAUAUGGAAGAGGCCUUUGGAAAGAUUAGACCAUCUGUGUCAAAGAAGGACCAGAUGAUGUAUGAGCAGCUGAAAGUGUCCCUGAGAGGAUAAGAGCAAGACCGAAAUGAAAAAGGAUUACCAGUAGCAGUUAACUAUCCGGCUGACUCUACAACCAUCAUUAAUUAUGAAAUGCUGGAUCCACCUUUGUAAAGGCUUGUUGUAUGACAAUAAAGUCAUUUAAGAUUAAGAUUAAAA